CCUACCCCUACCCCACCCCAUUGGAAUCAGACAAAGAACACAGAGCUCUCUUAUACCCUCUUCACUGUUUUCUUCUUUUUUUCUUGUGUUGUGUACUUUGUUACCUUUUUCACUUUUGAUUUUGGCUCACUACACCAUUUCUUCUACACUUUGGUUCAAGAAAGAGCAAAACCCCAAACCCCUUUUGCUUUUUUUCCUCCUUAAGACUCCAUUCUUGAUAACCUUGUCAGUAAAAAUCCAAUCUUUCCUCUUCAGAUUCUAUGAAACCUCAAGUAACAUAAUUUGGGAGUUCUCUUUGUCGGUAACUGGUUGUCUGUGCUGAGGUCUUCCUUCUGUUGAUCACUGGGUCACAUUCUGGUGGAGAACUAGAGGGGUUUUGUGGUGAUUGUGCUUUUGACAAAGGUUUUGUGUCAAGUGUUGUUGCGUCAACCUCGAAAAUGCAGAGGCCCCAUCAAGAAGAUUUCUCACUCAAGGAGACCAAACCCCACCUUGGUGGAGGGAAGAUCACUGGUGAUAAGCUCACUAGCACAUAUGACCUUGUUGAGCAAAUGCAGUAUCUUUAUGUCCGGGUUGUGAAAGCUAAGGAUUUACCUGCAAAGGAUGUAACAGGUAGUCUUGAUCCUUAUGUUGAGGUUAAGCUCGGGAAUUAUAAGGGUACGACUCGUCAUUUUGAGAAGAAGUCGAAUCCUGAGUGGAGUCAGGUGUUUGCUUUCUCAAAAGAUAGGAUUCAGGCUUCUGUACUUGAAGUAAUUGUGAAAGAUAAGGAUUUUGUUAAGGAUGACUUUGUGGGUCGUGUCCUGUUUGAUUUGAAUGAUAUCCCAAAAAGGGUUCCCCCAGACAGUCCUCUCGCUCCACAGUGGUAUAGGUUGGAGGAGAGGAAUGGUACCAAAGUCAAAGGGGAGUUGAUGUUGGCUGUUUGGAUGGGAAAUCAAGCUGAUGAAGCCUUUCCUGAAGCUUGGCAUUCAGAUGCUGCAGCUGUUAGUGGGGCUGAUGGCCUUGCAAAUAUAAGGUCUAAGGUGUACCUCUCGCCAAAAUUGUGGUACCUAAGAGUUAACGUGAUCGAGGCUCAAGACUUGAUUCCAAAUGACAAAAGCAGGUUUCCAGAAGUUUACGUCAAGGCCAUGCUUGGAAAUCAAGCAUUGAGGACCAGAGUUUCCAUGAGCAAGACUAUCAAUCCCUUGUGGAAUGAGGAUCUGAUGUUUGUAGCAGCGGAACCGUUUGAGGAGCCAUUGAUUUUGAGUGUGGAAGAUAGAGUUGCAAACAAGGAUGAAGUCCUUGGGAGGUGUGCAAUUCCUUUGCAGUACGUGGAUAGGAGGUUGGACCAUAGACCUGUGAACACGAGAUGGUUUAAUCUUGAGAAGCAUGUUAUUGUUGAGGGUGAAAAGAAGGAAAUCAAGUUUGCUAGCCGGAUUCAUAUGAGAGUAUGUUUGGAAGGAGGCUACCAUGUGCUGGAUGAGUCAACCCAUUACAGUAGUGAUCUUAGGCCAACUGCAAAACAGCUGUGGAAAUCUAGCAUCGGUGUUCUUGAAGUAGGUGUUCUGAGCGCUCAGGGCCUGUCACCAAUGAAAACGAAGGAUGGGCGGGCAACGACAGAUGCCUAUUGUGUAGCAAAGUAUGGGCAGAAGUGGGUGCGGACAAGGACAAUUAUAGAUAGCUUUGCUCCCAGAUGGAAUGAGCAAUACACGUGGGAAGUAUUUGAUCCUUGCACUGUUAUAACUAUUGGUGUAUUUGAUAAUUGCCAUCUGCAAGGAGGAGAUAAAUCUGGAGGGGCAAGGGACUCAAGGAUUGGAAAGGUCAGGAUCCGUCUUUCGACUCUUGAAACUGAUCGUGUCUACACGCAUUCAUACCCAUUGCUGGUCUUGCAUCCUACUGGGGUGAAGAAGAUGGGUGAAAUUCAUUUGGCUGUGAGAUUUACUUGCUCGUCGUUGGUGAAUAUGAUGCAUAUGUACUCGCAGCCAUUGUUACCGAAAAUGCACUAUCUUCAUCCGUUAACUGUUACGCAGCUGGACAACUUGAGGCACCAAGCCACUCAGAUUGUGUCCUUGAGGCUGAGUCGUGCUGAGCCACCUUUGAGGAAAGAGAUAGUAGAGUAUAUGUUGGAUGUUACUUCUCAUAUGUGGAGCAUGAGGAGAAGCAAGGCUAACUUUUUCAGGAUUAUGGGUGUUUUAGGUGUGGUAAUUUCAGUCGGAAAAUGGUUUGAUCAAAUAUGCAAUUGGAAAAAUCCCAUUACGACUGUUCUGAUCCAUAUCCUGUUCUUGAUACUGGUUCUUUAUCCAGAGCUUAUUCUACCUACCAUUUUCCUCUAUCUGUUCCUGAUUGGAAUUUGGUACUACAGAUGGAGGCCAAGGCAUCCUCCUCACAUGGAUACUCGCCUUUCUUGUGCUGAUACUGCUCAUCCCGAUGAGCUGGAUGAGGAAUUUGAUACUUUCCCUACUUCACGUUCUCCUGAUAUUAUCAGGAUGAGGUAUGACCGCAUAAGAAGUAUUGCAGGGAGGAUUCAGACCGUGGUUGGCGACUUGGCUACUCAAGGAGAGAGGCUGCAGUCUUUGCUGAGCUGGAGGGACCCUAGAGCAACAGCAUUGUUCGUAAUUUUCUGCUUGGUUGCUGCUGUUGUUCUCUAUGUCACUCCAUUCCAAGCCGUGGGGCUCUUGACCGGAUUUUAUGUAUUAAGACAUCCAAGGUUCCGCUACAAGCUUCCAUCUGUGCCGCUUAACUUCUUCAGAAGGUUGCCUGCUAGAACAGACUGCAUGCUAUAACCCAUGCCCUUAAACAACUAUCCUACCUUCUGUUUUUUUGCAUUGAAUCGUCGAAAAUGAUGCUGAAAUUGUGGGGCUCUCCUACUAUUUUGCAUAAGAUCCUGGUGAAACUGUUAGUUUAGUGAGUUUGCUUUCUAUUUGCUCUAUGUUUUUCAAAAAAAAAAUUGGCUGCUGAUGCAAAUCUAUGUAUGUAAUCAUGUAGCUUGCAAGUUAUUUUGUUUUGAACAAGCCCCCAAUACUCAAUUCAAAAGUUUCAAUUUGGGAUGUGUUCUUUUGUUGA